GCAGGAGAGCAGGCAUUCUUUUGUUCAGCACGUUGCAGCACUCUGAUGCAAUGCUGGGCAUUGAGAUCUUUGUUCAGUCGUAUUUUCAACAUAUCUGUCAUUCAUUGUGUUGAAAUCAUGUAAACUUGACCAAAUAUCCGAUAUCUCAGACUUAAUGAACGUAGGUGUGAGACGAAUCAGUGGGAUACUGCACCUGCAGAAAUUAGUUUGCUCCCAAGGCCAAGGACAGACAUUGAUGAAAAUGAAUGGCGGAAUCAAGACUCAGGGUGAUAGAGUAGUAUGUGUUGACGACCAAGAUGUAACUCUUCAAGUACAAGUUGCUGUUGAAAGUUUGCAGGCUGAUAACAUUAUUGCAGUACCCACAGACACAAUAUAUGGUAUAGCAGGUCUUGCCCAGAGCGUUACUGCAAUAAACAAAAUCUAUGAGAUUAAGCAAAGAGAUGUAAACAAACCUAUAGCUAUAUGUGUGGGAGAAAUAAAAGAUGUUUAUAAAUGGGGCAGAGUGACAGUGUCAGAAGAGUUGCUGUCAGAGUUACUUCCUGGUCCAGUCACCUUGGUCUUUGAGAGGACAGCACAACUGAACCCCAGCCUCAACCCAAUGACCUGUUUGGUGGGCAUUAGGAUCCCUGACCACACUUUCAUUUCCAGUUUAGCCAGGGCUUGUGGUCAGCCUCUGGCCCUGACCAGUGCCAAUGUCAGUGCCGCUGGAAGUACCCUCAGUGUCCAGGAAUUUGAACAUUUGUGGCACAAAUUGGACAAAGUUUUUGAUGGUGGUAUUUUGGGAGAUGGUCCACUGCAACGUCUGGGCUCAACUGUGAUAGACUUGUCUUGUUAUGGCAAAUACAGGAUUAUCAGACCGGGAAGUGCACAUAAGGCCUCCCUGGAAGUGCUCCACAAGUUUGGUCUAGAGGAAGUGGCCAAGUGAACAUCCACAAACAAGAUGCAGCUCAGGGAUUAUGGGGACACCGGAUGUAUUCUGGAGUGUUGUUACAGUUCACUAAGGUUUCAUGU